CAAUGUACAUAAAUGGUCAUAACACAUGGCGGCCGCGCCAAAGGUCUCUUCUCUUGGCUGUGCGAGAGACAGCGCCGCGUCUCAUCAGAGCGGACACACUGACAUAUUUGGUUUGGGUUCAAAAAUCUGUCGGUGACCGCUACGGGAGGAACGCGUUCGCGGGCAUUGGCUAUCUGAAGGCGCUCCACUUCUGCGGCUGUAGCGCUCAGUCAAGUCCGAGGCCUGGAGGCCUACCGCUUAAAAGUUCGCCAAUUGUGCUGCAAUAACUCCAAUAUUUCAGUUUGAGAGAUGGCAGACAGUGCAGGGCUGCAGUUUGUCAGCCCUUAUGCAUUCGAAGCCAUGCAGAAGGUGGACGUGCGGCGCCUGGCGGCCCUCAGUGACCCGGAGCUGAGGCUACUGCUUCCCUGCUUGGUGAGGAUGGCUUUGUGUGCCCCAGCUGACCAGAGCCAGUCUUGGGCAGAGGACAAGAAGCUCAUCCUCCGGCUGCUCUCGGGAGUGGAAGCUGUCAACUCCAUUGUAGCGCUGUUGUCGGUUGAUUUCCACGCCUUGGAGCAGGAUGCCAGGAAGGAGCAGCAGCUCAGGCACAAGGCAGGUGGUUCGAAUGUGGAGAGUAUCCUGGUGUCACAGCUGCAGCAUGGUCUUACAUUGGAGUUUGAACACAGUGAUCCACUCAGGAGACUUCGUCUGACCCUCAGCGAGCUUUUGGCGAUCAUGAGUAAGGUAGCCGAUUCAAAUGGAGAAUUCUUUCUAAAGUCGUCGGAACUCUUUGAAAGCCCAGUCUACUUGGAAGAGGUUGCAGAUGUUCUUUGCAUUCUACAAGCAGAACUGCCUUCCUUGCUGCCAAUUGUGGAUGUGGCAGAGGCUUUGCUGCAUGUUCGCAAUGGAGAUUGGUUUCUGUGUCUGCUGGUUGCCAAUGUGCCUGACAGCUUCAAUGAAGUCUGCAGAGGUUUGAUCAAAAAUGGAGAGCGUCAGGAUGAGGAGAGUGUUGGCGGUCGACGCAGGACAGAAGCCCUUAGGCAGCUGUGUCAGAUGAACCCCUCACAGGCUCUCAACAUCCGAGCCAUGGUGGUGGAGGAAUGUCAUCUUCCCGGCCUGGGCGUCGCUUUGACCCUUGAUUACAAACCAGACACAGCGGAUGAGGCUGUCAGCCCCCUGGUUUCUUACGUCAGUGGUUUAUUGCUCGGUACCAACAGCAAAGUUCGCACGUGGUUCAGCAUGUUCAUUCGCAAUGGACAACAGAGAAAGAGAGAGAGCAGCUCAGUGCUGUGGCAGAUGCGUAGGCAGCUGCUGUUGGAGUUGGUCGCUAUCCUGCCUCGCUCGCGCAGCACCCACGUUCCCAAUGACGGCGACGUGGAUGACGAGGGUGGCUCUGGCUACUCGGGGCUCAGAGAAGAGCAUGUGGUGAAGGCGAGUGCUCUGCUCCGACUCUACUGUGCUCUCAUGGGCAUCGCUGGCCUCAGACCAACAGACGAGGAGGCAGAGCAGCUACUGCAGCUGAUGACGAGCCGACCUCCAGCCACUCCUGCCGGUGUUCGCUUUGUCUCCCUGUCCUUCUGCAAACUACUGGCCUUCCCUACACUGGUCAGCACACCAGAGCAGGAGCAGCUCAUGGUCAUGUGGCUUAGCUGGAUGAUCAAAGAGGAGGAAUACUUUGAGAGUGCUGCAGGUGUAUCUGCCUCUUUUGGAGAGAUGCUAUUACUGGUGGCCAUGUAUUUCCAUAGCAACCAGCUGAGCUCCAUUAUUGAGUUGGUGUGCUCUACUUUGGGGAUGAAGAUUGCCAUCAAACCAAGUUCUCUUAGCAAGAUGAAGACCAUCUUCACUCAAGAGAUCUUCACAGAACAGGUGGUUACAGCCCAUGCAGUGAGGGUUGCGGUGACCAACAAUCUAAGUGCCAACAUCACAGGAUUCCUCCCCAUUCACUGUAUCUACCAGCUGCUUCGAAGCCGAGCCUUCACCAAGCACAAAGUGUCCAUCAAGGAUUGGAUAUACCGUCAGCUGUGUGAGACAAACACCCCCAUCCACACACAGCUAAUUCCUCUGGUUGACGUUUACAUCAACUCAAUCCUUACACCAGCGUCAAAGGCCAACCCCGAGGCCACCAACCAACCCAUCACAGAGCAGGAAAUCCUCAGCGUCUUCCAGGCCUCUUCUGUCCAAGGAGACAAUAGUCGAGGAGGACGACAGCGCAACUCCAUCACGACCCAACUGCUAAUCCUCUACUACAUCCUGUCUUAUGAGGAGAACCUGUUGGCUAGCACCAAACAAUUGGCUUUAAUGCAGAAGAAGCCCAAGUCCUAUUCAGCAGCACUGAUGGACCAGAUCCCCAUUAAGUACUUAGUUACCCAAGCCCAGGGGCUGCAACAAGAGCUUGGGGGUCUGCACUCUGCCUUGUUGAGGUUGCUGGCCGUCAACUAUCCUCACCUGUGUCUUGUCGAAGACUGGGUGUGUGAGGAGGAGGUAACGGGUACUCUGCCACUGCUGAGGAAAAUGAUGCUCCCCAGCAACACCUGCCGAUACACUCGGAGCCAGCUCCACCAGGCCUUCCAGAAGUUACCAUCCAGCAGUCCGAGGCUGAUGCGAAUCCUGGAGCAGUUGACACUUCUCACACCGGGAGACCUUAUCCCUUAUUCAGAGUCCCUCACUGCCAGCAUGGCUCUGCUGCUGGAACCUGCUGUGCCUCGCCGCACUCUGCAGACCCUCAACAAACUCUGGAUGGGCCUCAACACUGUGAUGCCCCGCAGGUUGUGGGUGAUGACUGUUAACGCUCUCCAACCUUCAGCAAAGCUGCUCAGACAGCAGACGUAUACUCAGAACGACCUCAUGGUGGAUCCCCUCAUUGUUCUACGCUGUGAUCACAGAGUGUACAGAUGUCCUCCUUUAAUGGAUAUUGUCCUUCACAUGCUGAAUGGCUAUCUUCUAGCGUCUAAAGCUUACCUGCACAGCCAUUUAAAGGAGACUGCAGACUUUGAUAGACAGAGCCAAACAGUCUCAAACUUGGGUGUACCUGGACAGCCAGAUACACCUGAGGUCACCAGGGAGGAGCUCAAGAACGCUCUGUUAGCUGCACAGGAUAGUGCAGCAGUCCAGAUUCUGCUGGAGGUGUGUCUACCAACCUCCGAGGAGCAGUGGCUGGGAUGCAAGACAGAGAGCCUUCUGAGGGGCAUCAGGGACCCCGUGCCAGGGAAAACAGAACAAAGAAGUCUGCUGCUGAGAGCCAAGGAGGGUGUGAGGGAUGCUGAGCCAGAGGGAGGCCUGCUUAGUGACUUGAGGGAGGUGCAGUGUCUCAUCUGUUGUCUCUUGCAUCAGAUGUUCAUUGCUGACCCCAAUAUUGCCAAACUAGUCCACUUUCAGGGCUAUCCUCAACCUCUGCUGCCUCUAACAGUGUCAGGCAUCCCUUCCAUGCAUAUCUGUCUGGACUUCAUCCCAGAACUACUGGCCCAGCCCCAACUGGAAAAGCAGAUUUUUGCAAUCCAGUUGCUCUCCUACCUGUGUAUCCAGUACGCACUGCCCAAGUCACUCAGUGUGGCCAGGUUGGCUGUCAGUGUCAUGGGUACACUUCUCACAGUGCUGACUCGUGCCAAGCGCUUUGCCUUCUUCAUGCCCACCCUGCCUUGCCUGGUGGCCUUCUGUCAGGCCUUCCCUCCGCUCUACGAAGACGUGACAGCCCUGCUAGUACAAGUGGGGCAGGUUUGUGCCUCUGAUGUGGCCACGAAAGCCCGGGACAUUGACCCGCUCAUCGCUCGUUUGCAGUAUCUAAAGGAGAAGCCACGGGAUGCUUGUGUAGAAGGCUCCACCAAACUGGCGUUACCCCAAAGGACAGCAGAGGAACUUGGAGGAGCCGACCCGGAUGUCCAGAUCUGCUACUGUGUCGAAGCUACAUUCAUGGACAUAAUCACCUCCACCCUUCACGGGCUAUAGAGCAGACGGACGGACGAUACAAUGUGCGCUCCUGCUUUACUCAUUCGGUGGUCUCGUGUAUUUAAUCAGGUGGGCUAAUGGUUGUAUCCUGAUGCUACAUUCUCAGUGUGUGAGGAAGCUAUUCGCUUUGCUUCCACGGGAACAUAUGCCACCAACAAUAACCGUCAUGUGAAUGAGGUGACAUUAAAAAGUGCUUUGAUUACCUUGAAGGUAUUGAAGGGCUAUUAUAAGGGAAGCCUAUUUAUGUUUACCAUUGCUCAAUCUUAAGGGGGGGGGGCCCUUUGCACCAUCAGCCUUUAUUUUUACAUUCUGUGAAUAAACAAUGUUUUUCAGUUGAGAACAGGUACAAUUAUGUCCUCUGUUACAACUGUAGAACGUGAACACUGAAACUCUUAAGGGCCAAUUUUGAUGACCACUGUUCAAACGUGGAUUCUUUUUCAACUGAACGGGAAAUCUGUUUUUGUACUGUGUCGUAUUUGUUUGUAAUAAAACAAAGAAACGCUGACUAAAACCA